GCGCGCCCCGCCCCCCGGAAAGGGGGGGGCUCUGGCCUGCUCUGGCCGGUGCAAUGGGUGCCAGGGCGUCGGCCACGAUCCCCGUGACGCCUGCUUCGGAUUGGGCUCCCUAUGUGGCGGCCUCUGGCAUCGUGGGUGUCUCCGAAGACGAGGCAAUUGUCCAUUUCAUAGCCGAUGCUCUCCAGAGCACGCCUUUGCCAUCACCGUGGAAGAUUGGCGAUUGCGAGUCAGGUGCGCGCAUUUCUCUUAUUAGUUGGGUCUGCCUCGCUCUUCUCUGGCUUUUCUUUAUUCAUCAGCGUCGGCUCGUCUGCCUCUCUCGCAUAAUCUCAUCGCUGCAUUUUAUGUGGUUUCUUGGAGUCGACGAUCGUUCUGGCUCGUCCUUUUUGGGAGUCGGUUGCCCAGCUGGUUCGUUGAUUCCCAGGACUGGAGAGGGCUGGUGUUUGUGCGGGUCACCAGCUCACGUAAGACAAGUAUUAGGUGGUGGGCAGGUGCAGUGUGUUCGCGGUGAAGGAAAUUCGCAGUGAUAAUGGCAGUGAGGUGGAAGUUGGAG